UACCCUUUUGGAACUUCGAAUCAGACUCUGGCCUCUGCAAAUCCCACGGCGCCGGCGGCGGAUGGAGAAUGGCCUGAUUUCGGUGGAUCGGUGGUCGGACGGCAGCCAGGUCUACUUUCUGACUCACCUUCACUCGGAUCACACCAAGGGCUUGUCUUCGAAAUGGUCCAAGGGCCCACUCUUCUGCUCCCGCCUCACUGCCAAACUCUUCCCCUUCAAAUUCCCCAAUUUCAACCUCUCCUUGAUCCGCGUCCUUGAUAUCGGCUUCUGGCACUCAAUCUCCCUGGUUUCACCUUCAUCUGGAUCUCGGAAAGUUAUCAAGGUCAUGGCAAUCGACGCUCACCAUUGCCCCGGUGCGGUUAUGCUGUUGUUUCGUGGAGAAUUUGGUUGUUUGCUUUACACAGGCGAUUUUCGGUGGGAAAUGAGCAGUGAGAGGGCGAAUAAAGGAAGGAUCACACUUCUCAAUGCACUCGGGGAGAACACUGUCGAUAUUCUUUACUUGGAUAACACCUACUGUAAUCCUUCUCAUGCCUUUCCUUCUCGAGAAAUUGCUGCACAGCAGAUUGUUGAUAUCAUCGCUUCCCAUCCAGAACAUGAUAUCAUCAUCGGCAUUGACUCUCUGGGGAAGGAAGAUCUUUUGCUUCACAUUUCUCGAAUGCUUAAAAUAAAGAUUUGGGUGUGGCCAGAACGCUUGCUGACGAUGCAUCUUCUGGGUUUCAACGACAGAUUCACUACGAAGACAAAUCUUACUAGAGUUCGAGCUGUUCCUCGCUACAGCUUCAGCAUAGAAACUCUUGAGGGAUUAAACCAGAUGCGCCCAACCGUCGGAAUCAUGCCAUCAGGUCUUCCUUGGGUGGUGAGAUCCCAUGAAGGAGGAGAUGAUAUUAUUUCUGGUUCUCUCCUGACCGCUCGUUACAGCAGAAGCAAGUCUAAUGCAAAUGGAAAACUAGAAUCCGUCAACAGGUUUCACAAGUACAUAUUUACAGUUCCAUACUCGGACCAUGCUUGCUUCUCAGAGAUACAGGAGUUCAUAAAGCUUGUCCGCCCAACAAACAUCAAAGGCAUUGUGUCUUCUUCAUGUUGUUACAUCGAGCCCCUUUACUACUUCGGCCGCCUCUGUGGAGCAAAGCAACCAGUAAAAAGGUUCCAUCGCAAGCAAAAAAGAACAGAGAGAAGUGAAAGAGGUGUUGACGUCAAUUUUGUUAAGGCUGACAAAAGACAAGUAAUGAACGGUUCAAAUGUUGGCAUUCUGAGCGUUCGUUUGGGUAGAGUGAGCGCUUUGAGACGAGUCCAGCGCGGUGCACAUCUUGUGGAAGGUGAUUGUCCUGAUUGAUUUGGAUGGAGAACUCGCUUUGUGUUGGUCAGAAGGGUAUGGCUUCUCUUGCUCUUCUGAAUAGCUUGAUUGAAAUUUCAAGUUUUACUGUGAAGUUCAGCUUCUAUUGUUAAUUUUCUAAUGAGCUAGAAAAGGGAGAGUGCUCUGCUCUCCCUUACUCUUAUACUAUUUUCCAAAUUUCAAAGUUUGAAGUCAUAUGUGUAUAUAUUUUUAGCCAGAAUUUCACCUGACUUUUUAAAGAGAUGUUUAUAAUGCUUUAACUGAGUCAACUAUGUCAAUUGAUUUUAUGACAUACAGCUGUUGAAACAUUCUAAAAAAGUAAUGGGCAUUUAUGUAAAUUCUUUGUAAAAUAACUAAACAAACUUUCGUAUAGAAAGGAAUGGACAGCGGUAUAGCAUGUUCGCAAAGAAUAAUUUCUCUUUUUAAAAUUGUCUCCAA